AUGCGUGCCUGGUCACGCAGUCCCUCACCAGCUAAUCGUACUUCUCUUCGUGGGCACCCAGUCCGCUCACCAGAAUCGGACGAGGCCCAUGUUUUGCAUCAAUUAAACAGGAGUGGGGCUGGAACAGGGACUGGGCCAUUACGGGCAGUGAAUCCAGUUGCAUCUCACAUGGAACGCAGUCGAGCUGCACUAGAACAGUUAGUGGAACAGGAUAGAAAUCGUCGCAGGGCCAAGGAGUCUGAACGUCAACAGCAACCACAGGACGGUUCAAAUAGCAGACGCAGUAGUCCAGCAGGAUUUUAUUCUCCAGAUCAUAAGGGAUCAUCAGCAGAGAGAUACAGAGAUGAGCUUGCAGAUUUUGGGGCUGUCAUGGAUAUAUUUAGUGGCUAA